GAGCUCAACUGGUAGAGCAGCAAAAAUGCCUUGAACAACAGACGGAGAUGAGAGUUCAGCUCCUCCAGGACCUGCAAGAUUUCUUCCGGAAAAAAGCUGAAAUUGAGACUGAAUAUUCUCGAAACCUGGAGAAGUUGGCAGAGAGAUUCAUGGCCAAAACCAGAAGCACUAAGGAUCACCAGCAGUACAAGAAAGACCAGAACCUGCUGUCUCCUGUGAACUGCUGGUAUCUGUUGCUGAACCAAGUGAGGAGAGAAAGCAAAGACCAUGCCACACUGAGUGACAUCUAUCUGAACAACGUCAUUAUGCGCUUUAUGCAGAUAAGUGAGGAUUCCACCAGGAUGUUUAAAAAGAGCAAAGAGAUUGCAUUCCAACUUCAUGAGGAUUUAAUGAAGGUUCUUAAUGAGCUUUACACGGUGAUGAAAACGUACCACAUGUACCACGCUGAGAGCAUGAGUGCUGAGAGCAAACUGAAGGAGGCUGAGAAGCAAGAGGAAAAGCAAAUCGGAAGAUCUGGUGAUCCUGUCUUCCAUAUCCGACUUGAAGAGAGACAUCAGCGGCGAAGCUCUGUAAAGAAAAUUGAGAAAAUGAAAGAAAAGAGACAAGCAAAAUAUUCGGAAAAUAAGUUAAAAUCAAUUAAAGCACGUAAUGAAUAUCUCCUAACGCUGGAAGCAACCAAUGCCUCAGUGUUCAAGUAUUAUAUCCAUGAUCUUUCUGAUUUGAUAGAUUGCUGUGAUCUUGGCUACCAUGCAAGUCUGAACAGAGUCCUGAGAACUUAUCUCUCAGCAGAAUAUAACCUUGAGACCUCUAGACAUGAAGGCUUGGACAUUAUUGAGAAUGCAGUUGACAACUUAGAGCCAAGGAAUGAUAAGCAGAGAUUUAUGGAGAUGUUUCCUGCCGCAUUCUGUCCACCCAUGAAGUUUGAGUUUCAGUCUCACAUGGGUGAUGAGGUGUGUCAAGUCAGUGCACAGCAGCCAGUCCAGGCGGAGCUCAUGCUCAGGUACCAGCAGCUGCAGUCCCGACUGGCUACACUCAAAAUCGAGAAUGAGGAGGUCAAGAAAACAACUGAAGCCACUUUACAGACCAUCCAAGACAUGGUCACCAUCGAGGACUACGAUGUGUCGGAAUGCUUCCAGCACAGCCGCUCUACAGAGUCUGUGAAGUCCACUGUCUCUGAAACCUACCUGAGUAAGCCCAGCAUCGCCAAGAGAAGAGCCAACCAGCAAGAAACUGAGCAGUUCUACUUCAUGAAACUCAGAGAGUAUCUGGAAGGCAGUAAUCUCAUCACAAAACUCCAAGCCAAACAUGACUUGCUGCAGAGGACUCUUGGAGAAGGUCAUAGAGCUGAAUAUAUGACUACAAGCCGGGGACGAAGGAACUCGCACGCGAGACAUCAGGAUUCAGGACAAAUUAUACCCCUCAUUGUGGAAAGCUGUAUUCGGUUUAUCAAUCUCUAUGGUCUCCAGCACCAGGGGAUUUUCAGAGUAUCGGGUUCCCAGGUAGAAGUCAACGAUAUUAAAAAUUCAUUUGAGAGAGGUGAAAACCCUUUGGCUGAUGAUCAGAGUAACCAUGACAUUAAUUCAGUGGCUGGUGUUCUGAAGCUCUAUUUCCGUGGGCUGGAAAAUCCCCUCUUUCCUAAGGAAAGAUUUAAUGAUCUGAUUUCUUGUAUCAGAAUAGAUAAUCUCUAUGAGAGGGCGCUUCACAUCCGAAAACUCCUCCUGACCCUGCCCAGGUCGGUCCUUAUUGUGAUGAGGUACCUCUUCGCCUUCCUCAACCAUCUUUCACAGUACAGCGACGAGAACAUGAUGGACCCUUAUAACUUGGCCAUUUGCUUUGGCCCAACGUUGAUGCCUGUCCCAGAAAUCCAGGAUCAAGUGUCUUGCCAGGCUCAUGUGAAUGAAAUUAUCAAGACCAUCAUCAUCCACCACGAGACUAUUUUCCCAGAUGCUAAAGAACUGGAUGGCCCUGUUUAUGAGAAAUGUAUGGCUGGAGAUGACUACUGUGACAGCCCAUACAGUGAGCAUGGUACACUGGAGGAAGUCGACCAGGAUGCUGGCACAGAACCCCACACCAGUGAGGAUGAGUGUGAGCCAAUCGAAGCAAUAGCCAAGUUUGACUAUGUGGGCCGGUCCGCCAGAGAACUGUCCUUCAAGAAGGGAGCUUCGCUGCUGCUGUAUCACCGCGCAUCUGAGGACUGGUGGGAAGGCAGGCACAACGGCAUCGAUGGGUUGGUGCCUCACCAGUACAUAGUGGUACAGGAUAUGGAUGAUACAUUUUCAGACACUCUGAGCCAAAAAGCAGAAAGCGAGGCCAGUAGUGGGGCAGUCACUGAAGACAAGUCUUCAUCUAAGGAUAUGAACUCCCCAACAGAUCGUCAUUCUGAUAGUUAUUUAGCCAGACAAAGAAAAAGAGGAGAACCACCCCCUCCAGGGAGACGUCCUGGCAGGACCAGUGAUGGCCAUUGUCCCCUUCAUCCCCCGCAUACUCUCUCCAACUCUUCAGUUGACCUGGGGUCCCCAAACCUAGCCAGUCACCCCCGAGGCCUGCUGCAGAACCGUGGCCUCAACAAUGAUAGCCCUGAGAGGAGGCGUCGGCCGGGCCACGGCAGCCUGACCAACAUCAGCCGGCAUGACUCUCUCAAGAAGAUCGACAGCCCUCCCAUCCGGAGGUCCACGUCAUCAGGACAAUACUCAGGCUUCAGUGACCACAAGCCGCUGGACCCAGAGUCAAUUGCUCAGGAUAUUGAAGAGACAAUGAACACUGCUUUGAAUGAACUCCGUGAACUAGAGAGACAGAGUACGGCAAAACAUGCCCCCGAUGUGGUGCUGGAUACCUUGGAACAAGUGAAAAACUCUCCCACCCCAGCCAGUUCCACGGAAUCUCUCAGCCCUUUGCACAGCGUUGCCCUCAGGAGCUCAGAGCCUCAGAUUCGGCGCAGUACCAGCUCCUCCAGUGACACCAUCAGUACUUUCAAGCCAAUGGUGGCACCCAGAAUGGGUGUGCAGCUGAAGCCCCCAGCCCUUAGGCCGAAACCAGCUGUGCUUCCAAAAACAAACCCUACCAUAGGACCUACUCCACCUUCGCAGGGUCCAACAGACAAGUCUGGCACCAUGUAAAAACCUGUAAGGUCAUUAGGGGAGGUGGCUUAAAAGAGAAAACGGAUUAGUGACAAAAGUCAAAGAUCCGUAACUUUCCUUAGUUCUGUGCUUAUGAUAACUGGAGAUCUUUUGGCUUUUCUAUGUUGUCGAAUGUAAUGUCUGAAACUAGUUAAAAUUAACACGGGCAUUUUGUAAAUUUUUUUAAGUAACUGGACAUAUGUCAUUUUAAAGACAAUUAGAAUCACUUAGACUUACUUGAAAACUCCAAUGCUGCAGCACUUGUCAUGAAGGUAACACUGCUCCCUGCAUUCUACACUGCUCCAUAUUUAGUGUAGUCCAAGUGAGUCUCCUAAAAGCAGGAGAAUCCAAGUUCCAGGUUGGUAACAUCGGGAAACAAGCUGGAAGGUGAUCCUGCAUCAUUUGGUAGCUGAUAGUGAGUACCUGCUCCCACGCAAGCCAGGGUCCAAUUCCUGCUAGACUUGCCAUUGGCACAAGGAGAUGAUCCAGUGGGACCAAGGUUUGGAUAGAUUGAAAGAUGGCCUCCUCCCUAACAGUCAUUUCCCUGGGUCCAGGUUAAACCUGUUGGGAGGGGUUAGAAAUUCACAGUUGUUGCUUGAACUGAACUUGGGGAAGGAGAGAAUGGCACUGUCUCCAAAGCUAUUGAUGUUACCCUCUCCAUGAGGUCCUAAAAGUUUCCAAACCCAUCCACUGCAUUUGCAAACUCCUAUAAUGCUCUGUUCUUCAAUAACUGCCUAGGGACAAAAACACAAUAUUCCUAAAUCCCUGGGCUCUCCUCUGUGGCACUAAAGAAAGCAAACAGGAUGUGAAUCCUAGAAUCACUAUAUUCUUCUCUAGCUAAAUUAUCUUGCUUCCUUCAGGCCACAAAGGCCUGAUGAUCCUAAAUUUAAAAUCCCAACUCCUCUCUCCCUUUCUCUCUUUGAGCCAAUCCAUACUGGCUAUGGUACUUGAAUAAGAGGAGGCCAGGCCAUCAUGGGAAGAUUACCUCAUGGUCCCAGGAAUUCCCUUCCAGUGUCAUACGUCAGAACCAUGAUUUUUUCUUUUCGUGUUAGUGUCUGGUCUUGUUUUGUCUGUUUUGUUGUUUGCUUGUUUUUUCUUCUUUGACUGAAGUCUCUAAUUUAGUCAGUUGAGCUCAGAUAGGGACCUUCUUUUUUUUUUUUUUUUUACCCUCUUCGUACAUAGAUAGGUUUGGUUUUUCUUUCGCCCGUAUUUUUGCCAUAUUUAUUUCUUCUCAAUCUUAAAAGAAUGUGGAAUUUUUUGUCUCGUUUUGUUUUUCUUCGUUUUGGUGCUGGGGAUUAAAAGUAGGGCCUCCUGUAUGUGAAGCACACUUUCUACCACUGAGCUACACAGCCACCUCUCCAAAAAUUAUUCUGAAUACAGUUAUUUUCACUAAGGUACAAAUCACCAGUGUCUGAUAUCUGCACACCUAUGAUCAUUUCAGCUGCACUGUCACUGAACUUCCCCAUGAAGAAAAAUGGAUGCCUCAGCACAAAUCCCUUUGACCACCGUGGAUUACCUUCUAAGUUUAAACUGGCAGCCUACCUAAAAGUUGGUGCCCUAUGGGCUUUAAUUCAUCAGCCCAAUGGUGAAUGCAGAAAAGAAUCCGAAUUUAUGCUAAAAUCAAGAUUAUUACUUUGGUCUCUACCUCAGUUUUCCAGUCUAUACAUUCUAUUGAACAAAGAGAUUAAUGAAAUAAUAUUUCCUCUGGUUUCUUGGUCAGCCUAAUUUGAAAAAUGGAUUGAAUGGUGGUUUGGAUCCUCUCCGUCCCCUUCCCUCCUCCCCCAAGGAUGUCCAGGUAUGGUAAAGUUUUCAGAACCAUUCUUGUUGCGCAUUUUGAAAAAGUGGUCACGGAGACUCCACCAGGACUGAGUUUUCAAUAGCACUGAGCCUUUUAAACAAGCCUCUCCAAGGUUCUGUGGAAGUUGAAACUUUCCUAAAUAAUCCCCCAGGUGGUUAAAAUAAUAACAAUAAUGAGGAUUCCUCUUUCAUGAGAACAUCGGAUGUUAAGAGAAGGCGCAAGAAAGACAAAGGUGUUUUGAAUUUGUUUUUAAAUGACUUCACCUGCUUUCAUGUUCGCUUUUUUGGAUCUUACUUUCGCAAGCUUAUUCCAUCAGACAUCUCUCUGGCAGUCCUCCUCAGGGUUUCUUCUCUUUGGUAUGUCCAUCUAUGCCUCUCUGCCCCUUACAUCAGGACUCUGCUACCUUUGGAUGAUGGAGAACAUGCUGCUGAAGAUCCUUGGAGCUUCCAUGGCUGUGUCUUCUUUCAGGACACAACUCCUACUGGAUUUCCUUUGCUCCCUAUCUACCUGUCUCCAUCAUUUCUCCCUAUAGUAUUAUUACCUCCAAGCAUUUUUCCCCUCUCAAUUGUAAAUGGAGGCUGUGACCUUCAAGUGAAUCCUCACCUAUUCUUCCAUUGUUUAGCAAUCAUCCGUGAAUUUACAGAGGUAAGAUGGACACUCCAUCAAUGAUCUAGACAUCCUGUCAAGCUGCCAGCAGCUGGCACAUGACCUUUCUUAGGACCACAAGUGCAGCAAGAAGAGGAAAGGCACAAGGAAGAGAGUGAGGAGGAAGAAGAAUGAGCUCUGGAGAUGUUACUCCUUCCUGGUUCAAGGGUCUUUGCAGUGUUCUUGGUGGUUUAGGGAGAGAAUCAUUUUAAUGAUGGUAAACUAUGGUUCUAGGAAGAUUGCCCAACUCCCCCUACAUUGGCAUAUGUGUUCAUCGCUAAUGGAACUGUAUGUUCCCACCUAUCACUGUCAUAGAGUACCAGAUCGGCUUUUGGUUUGGGUUGGGGGGCUUGAGGAGUGGAUUGUGAGGGCAGAGAGUAAGGUACUUAAUGCAUGUUUCCUGGAGUGUUUUAUAAACUCUUUCCAACUGUUAAGUGGCACUUUUUUUAAAGUUAUCUUUUAUUAUCUUUAGUUACACAAGGGAGUAAUAGGUAGCACUUUUUAGAGCACCAUGGUCUUCAGUGUCAACACCACUGUUCCACAGCUUUACAUGUCUUGGAGAAACUUUUAAUGCCCCUGGAGACUUCCAUAGAGUAAUUUACCAAAGUCCCACUUAACUUACCACACUGAGAAUAAACAACUAUCAAUGAAUAUAGAGUUCCAAGGGUCAAAUUGUGUCCUUCAGGAGUUUUCUGUGUAUUUUUUUUCCAUUCCUAAAAUGGAUUUAUAAUUUAAUUAUAAGAAAGAAGUGCUGGGCACCGGUGGCUCACGCCUAUAAUCCUAGCU